AUGUGUGUUUUAACGUCACGACCGUUGGAAGCUGCUGACGAGCUGUUGGAAAGGGAUUGGCAAGGCAACAGCACAAACCUGCUUUACCUGUCAAUCAGGUGCAGUACCAUCUCAUCUCUUACAGCGCCAGCAUACACUGCUUCAAGUCAGGAGUCAACCGCUACAGCCACCAGCGCUGAGACAUCCUCGUCGAACUCUUCUCCGAUUCCCAAUUACGACGAUGUAGGGAUCCCGGCACCUAGCUCCAAAACUGGACUAUCUACCGGGACCACGUCGGCAACACCGGACUCCGCCGAUGAGGACAUGUCUCUUCUCCCCAGCAAGAUUUCGGAUGCAGCCAUUGCGCAUGCAGCUGACAAUGAAAAUAUGAGUUCACAAGAUAUCUGCCUCGCCAAUGAUGCUGGAGAGGAUGAUGUAAUACCCACUGAAAACACCAGCGCCACUACACCAAACUCCACCGACGCCUCCGCCAAUGCCACCAGCGCUACCACAUCUGACUCCACCGACACAUCUGCCACCACACGUGACUCCACCGAUGCCACCACACGUGACUCCACCGAUGCCACCACACGUGACUCCACCGAUGCCACCUCCACCAAUACCAGCACACCCUGCACAACUCCAGUCACUGACGCCUGUGUUUCCAUAGUUACAGAAAGUGAAAUAACUCCUGUGCUUAAGUCGGAGGAAGAAGCUCAAGCGACAUCACUGCCAGCAUCAGUUCCAGGACCAGUGUAUGCGAAAAUCAUUCGGCCCAAAAAGGAAAGCAAGAAAUGUCAUCAAGACAGUGUAAAAGAGUGACUGUGCACUUGUCCUCUUUCUCCUUAUGAUCAUCAGACAGCAACCCAGCAACACAGCAACAAACCUAUGCAUCUAGGUGUGUUGAGCAGUGUCACGAGCAACCUCAACUCUCUCUAUUUACCUUCUAGAACAUUCUAUUCAUGCAGCCUUGUUGUGACUGCUUGCAUACUCCACUGCAUUCUAUUUACCUUCUAGAACAUUCUAUUCAUGCAGCCUUGUUGUGACUGCUUGCAUACUCCACUGCAUUCUAUUUACACUUAGGGCUACCUCAACUCUAACUCAACUCAAAAAGAAAUUCCCCUCUCCGUUGUGAAAUCAGGGUAGUGUACAACAGUUCUCUGCCUACAAUGAGUUCAAGAAGCAAAGGGUUAAUGAGAUUAUUGUUUUCACUCCGCUCUUUCAAAUACAUGAAUGUGUACGCCCUACUGUCCAGUUGACCCUCCUUUGUUCACCAUUGUGUUUUCUACCCGUAGUUCUGUCUUCUAUUUGUAGCCUGUACUCAUUCUGUCUUCUCUCAGUAGUCUGCAUUCGUUCGGUCUUCUCUCCUCUCCUCAGACCUGCCCUACAACUUGUGUCUAUUUCAUGUUUCUCUCUCUCUCUCUCUGACUAAGCAGCUUCCGAUUUUCUCAGGUUACGCUUACGCAAUAAAGAUGUGCGUACACGACAA